CCGGCCCCCGGCCCCGACUUGAGGGCAAAGACUACAAAUCCCAACAUAUUCGCGGCCUUGGAGCCCCGCCCCUAACAAACUACAUCUCCCGGUAGGCAUUGCGGCAGCGCUUUCGGCGCCAGGCCGCGGUGUGGUGGCUUAGGUAGUUACCAUGGAGUUGCGCUGGGUAACCCUGAGGUAGUGAGUGGGACGCCGAGGCUGGAGGGGCAGCAACUGCGGGGGUAUUUCCAUUUUAACAGGGAACAAUCCCUAAACCCAAAGGAAUGAAUCCCUAAUGGUGGCGUUUCAGGCAUCAGUGACAGGCUGAACCCGGACUUCCAGGGCCCAUGCUUACACCGGACAAAUUAUGGCCUGAGCUAUGAGCACACAGGACUACAUGAACACUUCGGUGCAAGAGCCCCCUCUUGACUACUCCUUCCGAAACAUCCAGGUGAUUCAAGAUCUGAUGAGCGAGGAGCCAAGGAAAGGGCAGCGACCACUAAAGCACUCGAAGUCAGGGAAGUCACUGACGCAGUCCCUGUGGCUGAACAACAAUGUUCUCAGUGAGCUGAGAGGCUUCAACCAUGUAAUUUCACAGCUGCUGCAGCAUCCAGAGAACCUGGCCUGGAUUGACCUGUCUUUCAACGACCUGCCUUCCAUUGACCCUGUCCUGACCACUUUGUUCAACCUGAGUGUCCUCUACCUCCAUGGCAACAGCAUCCAGCGUCUCGGAGAGGUGAAUAAGCUGGCCACCCUCCCUCGGCUCCGGAGCCUCACACUCCACGGGAACCCCAUGGAGGAAGAGAAGGGGUAUAGCACCCCAUGGACUGCCCCCUCCUGUCCUAUGCUCCGAUCUUCCUCAAGCAGGAGCCUCCAGCCCAGGUAAGCAGGGCCCUUGAGUGACCAGGUAGGGACCAUGUCUCCUGCCAUUGCACUGGCCUUCCUGCCACUGGUGGUGACAUUGCUGGUGCGGUACCGGCACCAUUUCCGACUUCUGGUGCACACGGUCUUGCUGCGGAGCCUCCGAGACUACCUGUCAGGGCUGCGGAUUGAGGAACGGGCCUUCAGCUAUGUGCUCACCCAUGCCCUGCCGGGGGACCCUAGUCAAAUCCUCACCACCCUGGAUCACUGGAGCAGUCACUGCGAGUACCUGAGCCACAUGGGGCCUGCCAAAGGUCAGAUCCUGAUACGGCUGGUGGAAGAGAAGGCCCCUGCUUGUGUGCUGGAGCUGGGUACCUACUGCGGAUACUCCACACUGCUUAUUGCCCGUGCCCUGCCCCCGGGGAGUCGCCUUCUCACUGUAGAGCGGGACCCACGCACAGCAGUGGUGGCUGAAAAGCUCAUCCGCUUGGCUGGCUUCGACGAGCGCACGGUGGAGCUCAUCGUGGGUAGCUCAGAGGAGGUGAUCCCGCGCCUACGAACCCAGUACCAGCUGAGUCGGGCAGAUUUGGUACUCCUGGCACACCGGCCCCGAUGUUACCUGCGGGACCUGCAGCUUCUGGAGGCUCAUGCUCUGCUGCCAGCUGGUGCCACUGUGUUGGCUGAUCAUGUGCUCUUCCCUGGUGCACCCCGCUUCCUGCAGUACGCCAAGAGCUGUGGCCGCUAUCGCUGCCGAAUCCAUCAUACUGGCCUCCCAGACUUUCCUGCCAUUAAGGACGGCAUAGCCCAGCUCACCUACGCAGGACCUGGCUGA